GCACGAAUAGAUGCGCAUCAAAACCCAAACGGCGGUUAGCGUGGCCGCAGUCGGGGGUUCAGAGCCUGUGCGGAAGAACAACACUGGAGAACAAACUCCAACAUCUGCAGGAUAAGUUCCAGGACUUGUUCAAUUGCCUCACACUGACACCAUCAUGGAGGAGGAAGGGCCCCCUGCAGAUGGCGAGGUGGAGACCUCCUUUGCUGCAGAGACCUAUGCAGCUGAAGCCAUGGCUGCAGACAUGGACCCCUGGAUUGUGUUUGACUCUAGAAGAACUCCCAGAUCCGAGUUUGAUAGCUGGUUGGAGAGCAACGGGCCCUCGCAAGUGAACAGAUUUGGUGAUGAGGAAGGUGGUGUUAGCCCUGUGGGUUGGAUCGCUGUGCUGGGCCUGAACCACUGCCCCAGCAGUGGGGAUGUUUUGGGUCUUCAGGAGAGCUGGGAGAAACUUUUGGCCAGCGGGCGGCCUGUCAGCUUCCAGACAGUGAAGGAGCUGGCCCUGAACCACGGUGUGCUCACGGGCAAAUGGCUGAUGCACUUGGACUCCGGUUUCAAGCUGAAUCAUGCCUGGGAGUGUGUGGCCAGAGCAGCCCUAGAUGGCAAGAUCUCUCUAGUUAAAGUCAGUCCCCAUAAUCCCAACGGAGAGGGCAAGCAGGUAAUAUGUGCCUAUAACCAGAACUUCACUGAUGAGAGCGAGGUUAUACAGUUGGACUCCAUCAUCCGUGCCACAGGGGUCAAAUGCCCUCUCACCUACAAGCCGGACGUGUACACAUACCUGGGAAUCUACAGGAACAACCGCUGGAAACUUUGUCCAACCAUAUACGAGAGCAAAUUUGACCUGGAGUGUGUACCCCGGCGUUCCCACAUUAUCAACAAAAUCACCAAUCUGGAAGUAACAUAAGCCUGUUGGAACAAGAGGACAGUUUUGCAGAACGGGUAAAUGAAGAGGCACUUCGUGAUCCCAUCAGUUGGGUUGUGCGUUACAACUCACUGACCAAGAGGGGUUUAAAGUCAGUGGUUGUAUUUUGAUCUCAAGUUCUUCCUUUUGGCAAAAAAAAGCACUAAAUCUCAUUUCAGUCUUUUCCUCUUAUGCUUUAAUAUUUCCUAAGUGACCUGAUCUAUUGUCACUAUUUUUUUAAAUGAUCAUAUUGUGUUCAUAUGUAGGAGUAUUUGUAUUCUUGAUGUUCUGUUUGUAACACACUAACACUCACCUGACGAACAGGGUGGUUGAAGAAAUCCUUGAUUUGUAUGCACAGAGGAAAAUUUGCAUCCAGUGAAGAUUUUCUGUACAAUAUACAUUUGUUUGGCUUUAUUUUUUUUCGGUUUGUACUGAACCACGAUAACAGAGUUGCCAAAUAAAAUCUACUUUUGAA